UUGAAAGUUUAAUAAUAUGCUGCUGUAAUGCCAAUUGACUAGGUAUCGAGCUCAUAGUAUGACACUAUUUUUUAUUGGUAACAUGUAUUUUUGAUGAGUGAUAGUCCCUUCUAAUUCCAUUUUUUUACAGAUUGGAUAAUUGUUGCCAAUAAUUGUGCAUUUGACAAGAAUCUCCAUGCCCUGACUCGACUUAUGAGUGACGGCUUAUGACUGUUCUAGUUCCAAGGACAGAGGUGCAUAUCUUCUCUGGAUUCAAGCAGAUCUGAAUUUUAAUUCAUGGAAAACCUCAUAGUUCAUGUGGUCACAUACAAUGUGGCUACCACAUUCCCAACUGCUGGACUAAACCUGUCAAGCUUGCUUGAUCUGGAAAACAAUGCUAGCCAAAAUAGACCAGACAUCUAUGUUAUUGGAUGUCAGGAGGUCAAAUCCCAGCCACAGAACAUGCUCUAUGACUCUCUCUUUGAUGAUCCAUGGUCAGCUUUAUUCAAACAGACGCUGGCACCGCUGGGGUACGUGAAGCUGCGCACGGUGCGCGUCCAGGGUAUCGUGCUCUCGGUUCUGGUACGCCGGAGACACCUGGUGGCCGUCCGACACACCGAGGAGCAGAUCGUGCGGCUCGGACUCGGUGGCAUGUGGGGUAACAAGGGCGCCGUGGCACUGCGUCUCUCCAUCAUGGGCGUGAACCUGUGCCUGGUGAACGCCCACCUGACGGCGCACGACCAUCUGUUGUCGGACCGGGUGCGCAACUACGGCGACAUAUUGGAGCAGGCCAACUUCCAGGACCCGGCCACCAGCAAACUGCUCUACCACGACUACCUGAUCUGGCUGGGUGACCUGAAUUUCCGCCUGGCGGCCGGGCCGGACGACGCAGCCGUACGGCAGAUGGCGUACGAACACGACCUGACGCCCCUGCUGGCACUGGACCAGCUGCGCGCCGCCCAGACCUCCGGCGAGGCCUUCUCCGAGCUCAGCGAGCCAACGCUCACCUUCAAACCCACCUAUAAACUGGUACCCCGCCGGCGCGGCGAGUACGCUCACAGCCGCCGGCCGGCCUGGACGGACCGUAUCCUGUACAAGGUGAACGAGGACGUGUACGAGGGAGCGCGCCUGUCGGCCGACCCUCUCAGCUACCAGAGCCACCCCGAGUACACCGGGUCGGAUCACUGUCCUGUGUCAGCCAGCUUCAGCGUUAAGGUGUUCUCGGGCCAGACGCCGCCCUGUGUGGAGUUCCUGCCCAUCUCUAUGUGGCUGAUCGGAGCCGACUGUGUGGCCAAGUACCGGGUUGAUCCGGCCCUGGAGACCUCCAGCUGGGACUGGAUCGCGCUGUUCAGGGCGGAUUUCGCUGGUCUGGACGAGUACAUAUCAUACAUCUGGGUGCCGCGCUCCAGCUCGUCCCCCAACUCGGACCACUUCGUCGCCGUCUUUCCAGAGGACAGCAUCACGGUGCCAGGUAACUACGUGCUGGCCUACUGCGGCCGUAACGGCGGCGGGGUGUACGGCGUCAGUGCGCCGUUCCCUGUCCGGUACGGCCACACAGCGCGACUGGCGGCGCUGGCGCUGGACGGCGCGCCGGCCGCCGAGCUGGAACGCCGCCCGCUGCUGGCGCGCGCAGCUCCCGAGCAGGCCCGCGAGGCGCUGGAGCUGGAACAGGAGCAGCAGGAGCAGGAGCGGGAGCAGCAGGAGCGGGAGCCGCUGCUGGAGGGACGGCCGGUGCUAGACGGUAACCCCGGCCCGGCCCGGGCGGCGGCCGGGGGUGGCGCGGCCGACAGCGAGGGAGAGACGGACGGGGUGCCUCGGAGACGGAUACCGGGCCCAGCGGCAGCGGCGGCGCCGGAGCCCCCUCCCGAGGACUGGGAGACCGUGGAGCGGCCCUCCAGUAAGGAGGAGUAGACGGUAGUGUUUGCCUUGGACAGAUUCCGAACCAGCAGCUUAGUCAGCGGCCGUCCGGUGUGUGUCAAAUGUGGUCAGGUUUGCAGCUCGGGUGAGUCGUGCUGGGGUUUAAAUUGGACCUGAUCACGGCACAUUGUUUGAUUAGCCAAUGAUGAUUGAAUGGUUCUCUCUGACAAGUGUAGGUAGUAGUUGAUGCAGCUGAACAAAAUGAACAUAGAUAGUUGUAGAACUCCCAUGACUGGAUAUAGCUCGUUGUUAUCACGAUCGAUGUAGCACUAUUUAUUUCUACUCUUAGCUGAGAUGCAUACUGUGUCAUGUGUGGAGAUGCAUAAUGUAUGAAUGCAUAAUGUGUAUCGGUGCCUUGCGCUUGGUGAUUGUCAUGGGCUUCCUGGAGAACUGCCGCGGCCGACUGCGUAGCUUUUCCGCUCGUCGUGAGCUUGUGUGGUGACCGUUUCAGCCGGCAAUACUGGAGAACUGUGCUCGCCACCGGUCUAACUAGUAACUACAGAAGUGGCCGCAGUCCCUCUCGCAUUCAGCGCAAUGUUUCAUCGGUGAGUUUAGCUAGUCUAGUCAUAAAACCGCCUUCCGGCUCCGUGGUCACUGCGCUGGAGUCAGCCGCCGUUAUCAUUAAACGAAGUCGCGUUUUUUUUUUAGUCACCUGAAGCGAAUGGAAUUGCCUUAUCACCCUGCUGUCCGGAUCAGGAUGGGGCGGGUGUUUAGUGCGCGAGUGGCUUCCAACUGAAUUAGUCAGAUUGUGGCAAUCCUUGUGGGGGCUUGCACUUGUUAUCAGAGGUGGUGGCGGCAUGUGAUCCUUUGGUGACCUUUCGAUGGGGCAGUUAUUUAGUGAGUGCUGUGAUGUGUUUUCGAGUAAUUUCCUGAAGGUCUGAUGCGUGAAGGUGUAAUUAACAGAGAACUUGUACUUACGAGAUUCAGGAUGUGCAAUUUAUCAAUGUCAACACAAACAUUCUGGACUAUCCGCACCUGUAUCGAAUGUUGCUAUGUUGUGCCGACGGUGGCGCCGGACGGCGGCAGCGGCAGUCUGCCGAAGCUCGUCCGUCUGUGAUUCUGUGCGGUGUCGGGGCGAGGCCGGACUAUCUGGGCCGUAAUUCAGCGUCCGUGUAACCCAACACGGCGCGCCGUGUCAACAUGAUGUCAGGCCUGGACGCUGGUGUCGACCGCUGGUGUCGGGCCCUGGUUUCGGCCCGCUGGUGAAGGGCGGCUGGUGACUGCCGUGUCGUUUGAAUGGUGCGGAGCUUAUCCGGGUGGAAAGGGAGUGUCUUAUGUAUGUGUGGCUCCGUCGUCCAGCUUUGCGGAAAAGACGGGUGACAUUUUGCAGAUUUUAUGUGAAACCUGUUCGUUUUACCUGGGAAUUCCGAUCAUACUGCCUGUACUGUUUAUGAGAAACAUGCCCUCAGUUCCCUGUAUGGCUAUGUUUGCGUUCUGACAGAGCGCCAUUGCACCUAACACACUC